AUGUGGACAGAUAGCACGAGAGUGGUGCAGGGUGUAAAGGAAACAAAGCAGCUGCAGAUGCAAAGGAGCAAAACUUAUCGUGGGGUUUGUGCUGAUGCGGCUAGGUGCAAAAGGGUUUGUUUGGGUGAGAGAUUCGUAGAUGGGGCUUGUUUUGGAGAGCGAAAGCGUGUCUCAAGGGCCAAAAUAUGGGUGGUGCAUGUCUUGAUACCAAUAAAGUUUUUGAUGGAUCAGAAGGUAGAUUGUCAUCACGCGUUUCAUUUUUCCAUGAUUAAUAUUGUUAUAGAUGUAAUGGAUAAACGUCCACUGUCAAGCCUGUGUCUAAGUUCUACCUACAUCAGAUUGUUUGAUUAA